CCCUCCUCCCUACCCCACAUCCCGGCAGCGUGUACUCGGCCGUACCUCCAGACAGCCUUAGGCUGGUGGUACCAGAGGAUGGCGGCGGCGGCGGUGGCUUCGACCGCGCGGUGGGGGCGAGUUCGGGCCGGCGUCAUGGAGGCAGCCAGGCUCCGUUGCCAGCGGGGAGGCUCUCGCCUCGGGCGGCUCUCCGUUCUGCCUUCGGCAGCCGGGGAUGUGGCCCAGUGGCGGCAUGUGGCUCACUUCACCUUUCAUCCGGACCCGGAGAACAGGCAGUAUGGACAAACCCAGAAAAUGAAUCUUUUCCAGUCUAUAACAAGUGCCUUGGAUAAUUCAUUGGCCAAAGAUCCUACUGCAGUAAUUUUUGGUGAAGAUGUUGCUUUUGGAGGAGUCUUCAGAUGUACUGUUGGCUUACGAGACAAAUAUGGUAAAGACAGAGUUUUUAAUACUCCAUUGUGUGAACAAGGAAUUGUUGGAUUUGGUAUUGGAGUUGCAGUUAAUGGAGCUACUGCCAUUGCAGAAAUUCAGUUUGCAGAUUAUAUCUUCCCUGCUUUUGAUCAGAUUGUUAAUGAAGCAGCAAAAUAUCGUUAUCGAUCUGGAGAUCUCUUUAAUUGUGGAGGCCUUACAAUAAGAGCCCCUUGGGGUUGUGUAGGCCAUGGGGCACUUUAUCAUUCUCAGUGUCCUGAGGCCUUUUUUGCUCACUGUCCAGGAAUAAAGAUAGUUGUACCCAGAAGCCCUUUCCAGGCCAAAGGACUGCUUUUGUCAUGCAUAGAAGAUAAAAAUCCUUGUAUAUUUUUUGAACCUAAAAUCCUUUACAGGGCAGCAGUGGAACAAGUGCCUGUGGAGCCAUAUUAUAUCCCAUUGUCCCAAGCUGAAGUGCUACAGGAAGGGAGUGAUGUUACUCUAGUGGCUUGGGGGACUCAGGUUCAUGUGAUCAGAGAAGUAGCAAGCAUGGCUCAAGAAAAAUUGGGAGUUUCUUGUGAAGUAAUUGACUUGAAGACUAUUCUACCUUGGGAUAUAGAUACAGUUUGUAAGUCAGUGGCCAAAACUGGGCGACUCAUGAUCAGUCAUGAGGCUCCCUUGACAGGAGGCUUUGCAUCAGAGAUCAGUUCUACAGUUCAGGUAUA